GAGCGGCUCGGCCGACCUCCCCAUCAUGGCCGCCCCGCCCCGCCGGCGGGCGCCGACCCUCCCAACAUGGCGGCGCGCCCGACCUCCCCAUCAUGGCGCGGGCCCCGCCCGCUCCGCCGCGGCCGGCGGGAGCAGUUCCGGGUGCGGCGCGCGCCGGGGGUGGGCGGGGGACGGCGGCGUCCGGGCCAUGGCCGGCCUGUCGGACCUGGAGCUGCGGCGCGAGCUGCAGGCCCUGGGCUUCCAGCCGGGCCCCAUCACCGACACCACCCGCGACGUGUACCGCAACAAGCUGCGGCGCCUGCGGGGCGAGGCGCGGCUGCGGGGGGAGGAGGCGCCGCCGCUGCGCGCGCGGCCGGCCCCGGUUCCGCUGCGCGCCGAGCCCCGGGCCUGCCCGCCGCGCGCCUGGCCCGCCUGGCCCGCGCCCCGCCGCCGCGCCUCGGACCGCGGCAGCUCGGACGACGACGACGAGGACGCGCGGCCGGCCGAGCGCGCCCGGCGCUGGGGGGCGCCGCCGGGCCCCGAGCCCCGGCCCGGCCUCCGCGGCGCCAGGGCGGCCUGGGCGGGCGGCGCGGGCGCGGGCGCGGCGUUGGCGGGCAGGCCCGGGGCGGGCCGCCGGCUCGAGCGCUGCCUGUCGCGCCUGCUGCUCGGGGCCAGCCUCGCGCUGCUGCUCGUCUUCCUGGCCAUCCUCUGGCUGAAGAUGGCCAGGCCCUCGGCGCCGCAGGAGGCGGAGGACAACAUGAAACUGCUGCCGGUGGACUGUGAGAGGAAGACGGAUGAGUUCUGCCAGGCCAAGCAGAAGGCAGCCUUGCUGGAGGUGCUGCACGAGCUCUACAACUUCCUGGCCAUCCAAGCCGGUAAUUUUGAGUGUGGAAAUCCAGAGAAGCUGAAGAGCAAAUGCAUUCCGGUAACGGAGGCGCGGGACCAUCUCGCGAAUGUGACGGGCAGCUCUGCCGCCAAGUUCGAGUCGGCGCUGACCUGGAUCCUGAGCAGCAACAAGGACGUGGGCAUCUGGCUGAAAGGGGAGGACGCGUCAGAACUGGUGAGCAGCGUGGACAAGGUGGUCUGCCUGGAGUCGGCCCGUCCGCGCAUGGGUGUGGGCUGCCGCCUGAGCCGCGCCCUGCUCACUGCCGCCACCCACGUACUCAUCUUCUUCUGGUGCCUGGCUUUCCUGUGGGGACUCCUGAUCCUCCUGAAGUACCGGUGGCGGAAGCUGGAGGAGGAGGAGCAGGCCAUGUACGAGAUGGUGAAGAAGAUCAUUGACGUGGUGCAGGACCAUUACGUGGACUGGGAGCAGGACAUGGAGCGCUACCCCUACGUGGGCAUCCUGCAUGUGCGUGACACCCUGAUCCCCCCGCAGAGCCGGAGGCGCAUGAAGCGCAUCUGGGAGCGGGCGGUGGAGUUCCUGGCAUCCAAUGAGUCCCGGAUCCAGACGGAGUCCCACCGGGUGGCCGGCGAGGACAUGCUGGUGUGGAGAUGGACUAAGCCGUCGUCCUUCUCCGACUCGGAGCGAUGAGCCCCCGGGCCUGUCCCAUGUCCCGCGGGGCCGCCCGCCUGCCGGUGCUGAGUUCACUCUUGCCUUGGCUGCACCUUCCUCGACCCGCCUCCGGUUCGGCCGGACUCAGAUGAGCCCCGUGGACACAGGGGCUGCCUUGAAAGCAGGGGGACCCCAGGUGGGGGCUGAUCGGCUCCGUCUCCCCUUCUCGCGGGAGAGGGAGGAGGGCUGAGUAAGGACGGGCGGGUGUGUGCCCCCCAUCCCCUGGGGGGUGCGGGGCCAGGGUGGUGGCAGGGUACCCGUGGGAGGUGGCCGGGUGGGGUGGGAGCAGCUUGUCCAUGUGCCUUCAGAGGGUGUGACCUGGGAGCUUGCGGGGAGGGGAAGCCUGGCUUGGGCCCGCCUGGGCCACUCCUGUCCGAGUUGGAACAGCACCACAGGAGGACUCUCAAGAAACACCUGCCCAUGGCAGGCAGGGCCUUGCGGUCAGCAGUGAGGCUGCCCAUCCGGCCUCCAGGAGGGACUUAGAGUAGGCCCUGCCCUAGGCCAAGUGGGAUUCCAGCCUCUUGUGGGCGAGACCACCCAGCCAGCAAAGCGGGUGUGGCGUGCAGGUGCGUGCCAGGCCGCGCUGCUGCCCCCUGCUGGCCGCCCAGCCCGCAGCCCGGGCAUAGCCUGGCAGGGGCGCUAUUACCAGAGGGAGGGGGCCUGGCAGCCGCUCUGCCCCGCAGGAGAGGCCAGACCAACACAGCGGCCUCCAGAAGGCACCAGGCUCUGUUUCUGGGCUACUGGUAUUUUUUGUUUUCUUAAUAAAGCUCCAGUCUCCCUCACUGAGCAAUACUUUCAUUUCCUCUGAUGUCUGGAUAACCGGCAGGGCUGGUGCCCGCACGGCAGCCCCCGGCAGAGACCGCCUCGAGGUCAGGCGCCGAACCACUGCAACAGGCCUCAGUGUCAGGGUUGGAUCCGUUGGAUAAAUAAAUUAUUUAUUGAAAAUGUA